AUGGCGCGUCGAGUGUCCAACUUCCCCACACGGAUGCCUGCCGGUCACGACCGCCCAGGUAGCAGAGACACGGACAAAGAAGAGAUAUGGAAGCCAAUGCUAGAUAGCAUUUCUAGUGGAAAGCGAUUGCCCGAGAAGAGCUUGUUGGUACUGGGGGGGACGCCAGAAACGCAGCGAGAAUUCCUGGAAUCGGUAUCAACAGAUGCCUCGAGCAACCGGAGACCGCCAGAUCGCGGGAGGAAGCCGCCCAUUGCGAAUCAAUUUGCCCUGGGCUACACGUACCAGGACGUGCUCGACACCGACCACGAGGACACUCUCGCGCGCCUCUCGCUGUACCUCCUCGCUAACCCUUCGCCCUCGUUCACGCCCCUCAUCAAGCCAUACCUCAAUCCGCGCACACUCCCGCAUAUGCUCAUCGUAAUAUUGCUCGACUGGAAUCAUCCAUGGUUGUGGAUACGACAGUUACGCGACUGGAUACGCGUGCUGCGAUCGCUUGUUGUGUCACUGGACGAUGCAUCGAAGGAGGUUCUGGAGGAGAAUCUUCAGACAUUACAGGACAAAGGGCGCAAUCUAGGUUCCGAGGGAAGCAGCUCAUUCGAAAACGUCAAGAUACCACUGGGUCCAGGGGAAUGGGACGAGCCACUCGGUCUUCCUAUCUGCGUAGUAUGCCAGAAUGCUGAUAAAAUCGAAACGCUCGAAAAGGAACGCGGCUGGAAAGACCAGGAGUUCGAUUUCAUUGUGCAGUACAUGCGCACCAUCCUCCUCAAACACGGCUCAAGCUUGAUCUACACAAUGCCCUCGGCACCAGGGUCACUGCAGACGCUGAUCCACUCGACACUAGGCAUCAAGUCGCUACUUAAGCAGGAGCAGCUACGUCACAACGUAACAGAUCGUGACCGAGUGCUAAUACCACCAAACUGGGACUCUUGGGCGAAGAUUCGACUUGUGGAUGGCAGAUUCGACAUAGAAGGCACAAGUGAGAAAUGGGGCCUUGACAUCGACAUCCCACAGCAUAUGAGACGACCGAGCAGUCAGAUAGAAACACCCUUGGAAGGCGAAGCAGAGACGAACGGUACCUCAGCACCGGCGCCAGUAGCAGUAUCAGAAGAGCAGGACGAUGAGCCAUCUGCAACAUCCAUCUACGAAGAGACAAUCCGCAACCCCGAAUCUGACUUCCCCCUCUCAGGUCUACCGAGACAGAAUGGUCUAGAGCUCACGAGCAUGGAUCCGCAGAAGUUCUUGGCCGACCAAGUCAAAGUCCUCGAGCAGCUGCGCAUCGAAGAUGAAAAGGAUGCGGCACUCCGUGCUGCACGGAAAGAGACGGAAUCUGUCACAGCAGCAAGACCUUGGAUGGAAGACGCGAGUGGUGUUGUUGAGGAGCAUAUUGGGCCAGUGCAAUUCAACAUGGGCGGCAUCCACGUGAAUGCUGACGAGAUGGUGAAGAGGCUGCAGGAUCGCGAAGCAAGUCGAACGACUGAGCCAACAGCAGCACCGUCGCCCGUUACGCCGGAUCCUAAUAAAAUGGACAAUGAGAAACUCAUGUCCUUCUUCUCGGGGCUCAUCAACAAGGGGCCUGGUAAUAGCUCGAGGGGUGCGUAG